GACAGCGAAGGACAUACCCGAUAUUGAUUACAACUACCUUAUAUAUUGAUCGAUUUACAUGUAUAGGCUCGGUAUGUUUAUUUUAAAUUCAACCUGAAGGAGUAUAAAUUUAAGAUAUUUAUGAAGAAAAAUAUAAAGGAGAAUUGUGAGUGAAUAUCAUAGCCUUGGAGUAACUGUAUGAUAGCAAAGAUAUGUGACAAAUGUCUCGGCCGAAACUAGGCGUCUACAUCAGGAAGAUAAACUAUCUGUCUACGAAAGAGGACAAAGAAUACAAAGAUGACGAGGAAACGCAGGGCAACCAGUUAAUAGAUUAUGAGCGCCUCUGUGAUCAAGAUGAAAACUUCAAUUUUGAAGAGCUGAAGGAUGGCUAUGCAGCGUUUAGGGAAAAAGUUUGUAUACCCAAGUUUACAGGCAGACAUUCUCCGCCGUAUUGGGUGGCUUAUUCUACUGCAUGUGUUCUUGAAAGGUUAACCAGAGACUUUGAAGACGACGAGAGCAAGCAUUUACAGAUAGGUCAUGAAUUGCUGUACACUUGGUUGGCGCUGUUUUGUGCCAGACCAAGUUCUGGACAGUUAGAUCUCAUGUCAAACUUUACAGGCGGUCUGUUUGAAAAGUAUAUAGAGGCUUGCAAAGCAGACGAACUGGUCAAGAUAAUGUCCCGGAUGAAGAUAAAAUUUUCCUACGACGCGAAGAAUGAAACAGACGAGGAAAGAACCUAUGCAAGCUUUCUUAGCGACAAUGCAAAAACGUUCUUUCAAAAUCUCACUGAAGAACAAUGCGCAGAGCCAGUGGUACUGGAAGCUUUCCUUGAUCUGCGAAUCUUCUAUCAGCAACAAAUUUCAAAAAUAUCCCCCACUUUGGCACUAUAUGUCGGAUACCUAGUUCGUGACAUGGCAUCAAAAUUCAAAACCAAUGUUGGCGACCCGUAUAAAAAACUAGCGAACGUGCAGGUCAUUGUAACCCAUCUGUCGUAUAUUGAAGAAUCUCUGUGUACCUUCGAGGGUGAUCUGAAAGCACUUAGAGACGAAGAAACGCUGAACGAAAUUGUCAAGGCAGCACGAGAAAGUUCAAAGGUGAAAGAAUUGUUCCCUGCACUUAUGUCAUUGGUCACCAGGUUUUCAAAGAGGAAGACACCUCUACAGAAUGGAUACAGAAUUUUUGAUGUCUACAGAAUAAAUCUAUUUAGAGAUAUGACAAAAUUUCUUCAACCAGACGGUGGCAUGUUUGAAUCAUGUAAUGCAAUGAUAAAGAACGUUCUGACGGACGGAUGUGAAUUAACGAAAGCGAAACAAGACAUGAUCGUCGAGGCACUAUCAGAUUGUCUGCUGAAAGUGAAAAACUUGACUUCAUCACAAGCAAAGGACCUGCUAGACGCUCUUCUUAUCAUGUUGAAAUCAGGAAGAAAAUGCAUGAUAAAUGCCGUGAAGAGGACCCUUAAGACCAAGGAAUAUACGAAGACAAUUGAAUGGAAGAAUUUGAUAGCGGAGGCGAAAGAAUUGCUAAAUGUGGUUGGAACAUUGAAAUGUGAUCAGUUGGAAUACACUGAGAGCAGAGAGUAUGACGAAGUUUUACGAGAAUUAUUGGAUACUGUCGAGAUAUCACUGGAAUUGUUUAAAUUGUUUAAUUCCAGAAAAGGAAAGAUUUUGAAAGACAUACUGAAUGACCACGUGACGCUUAUAUUUAACUGUUUAGAGAUGACAGAACCUAACAAAGCUUAAUUAGCAUACAAGGCAUCAGAUUCAAAGUACCUCACUAUUACGAUAAAAGAUAAAGAAAUAGUGGAUGCGAUACUAGAUAAAGUUGAUAAACUGUUGAAGCAGUCAGCUGAACUGUGGGAUACGGACAGAUCAGUGACAGUCCAACAUUUGCUAGACGCUGUAAUUAAAUCUUAUAAUGGUAUCGGGAAGAAUGUGACAGAUUCACAGAACUCAAUGUUUAUGUCAAUUUUCGACACGUGUUGUGAAGGAGAAAGUAUAGAUGAAAAAAUUUGUUCUCCCAGACGAAGAAAA